ACUGUACAGUUCUGAGCGUCACGACAAGUAGGAGGCUUUGCGGAAGGACAGGCGCUUUAAAAUGCAGCUCAGCGACGAUUUGUUUUGUGUAUCACAUUGUCAGAUGUACAAUACGUGUCGGGUCUCAAACGUUAAAAUCUAGCGUGAGAACAACGAGCAGAGAGAUAGUGACUUUCCUCAAAGGCGUUUUGUUUUUUUUAAAUCGCCAAAGCUGACGGCGGAGCGUUGUCUGCUCUGCACGGUCCAUCCGAGAGAACUAGUCCGGACAUGAGUACCGUUAAUCUGAUUUUUUGGGACCAGUUGCAGGCUGGCAGCUCCGAUGUGGACUGGUGUGAAGGCAAUUACCUAAUUUACCCGAGCAUCGCUGAAUUUUACAACACGAUCAGCAACAUUUUGUUUUUUGUUUUGCCGCCCAUAUUAAUGUGCUUGUUCCGCCAAUAUGCAACACAUUUCAACAGUGGGAUUUACCUCAUAUGGAUUCUACUAGUUGUAGUUGGUAUUGGAUCAACAUAUUUUCACGCCACCCUCAGCUUCCUUGGCCAGAUGUUGGAUGAGUUGGCCAUCUUGUGGGUGCUUAUGUGUGCCAUUGCCAUGUGGUUCCCAAAGAGAUACUUACCCAGGAUGUUCAGGAGGGAUCGGUCGAGGUUUAAAGUGGUCAUCGGCAUCUUGUCAGGGAUCACGACCGGGCUGGCCUUCGUUAAACCUGUCGUCAACUCAUUGUCACUAAUGACCCUGGGCAUCCCCUGCACCGCGCUGCUCAUUACUGAGCUUAAACGGUGUGAAAACCCACGUGUGUUCAAGCUGGGCCUGAUCUCAGGGAUCUGGUGGGCACUGGCUCUGCUUUGCUGGAUCAGUGACAGGAUAUUCUGUGAAAUGUGGUCAUCUGUCAACUUUCCCUACUUACACUGUGCAUGGCACAUCCUCAUCUGCCUGGCUUCCUACUUGGGUUGUGUUUGCUUCGCCUACUUUGACGUUGCGACUGAGGCCCCGGAGCGGGGACCCGUCAUCAUGUUCUGGCCCAACGAGAAAUGGGCCUUCAUUGGCGUGCCCUACGUUUCCUUGCUCUGCGUCCACAAAAAGUCUACUAUCAAGGUGACUUAAGGUGACCUGAAUCUGCUGCUCUGCUGGUCGUGCUUCAACACUUCUCAUCAGUACAAAUCCAAACAAGACGCCCCACUGUGUCUGUUAGACGGGUUGCCGCCACUUGGUGCUGUUGUGACUGGGCAAUGUAGGGGAUGCACAUUUUGGCUAACCAUUAAGGAUUUUCCGUUUCCUGUUUCUGUCCCUGGUGUGGUUUUAAAUACACAGCAAUGUUUAUGCAACUCUGUCAAGGAACAAAAAGUGUCACAAAUUAGUCCAACAGGACACACGGUAACUUUAAUUAACACCGUAUCAAAGCCAAGAACCCUUUAUAGUGAACCAAGACCUUCUCAGGCUUUGCUUAAGAGUUCAUGUAGAUCAUGUACGUAUUAGUAUUAUGCAUGUCAGGCUUCUUUAAAGAGAAGAUUUUGUACAUUUUAUAGUAACUUAGAAAACCUCAUUAUAAAGCGUUGUAAUGCCUUUAUAAAUAUGAAUAUAGCAUCUCAUAGGUGCAGUCUGGACAUUAUGAAACCAUGUUUAGAAACAAUAAAGCACUGGAUUCUGUGAUUAACUGUGAUUAACGCAUAAAGUGCUCAGGCUUCAUAUUGUAUUGCUUAGCCAAACUUGCUAUGCUCAACGAAUCAACAAGCUUGUUUGUUACAGACGUGUUACAAGAAGGUGUUUCGCACAAAGCCUUAUGUGUUUUAAAUACAUAAUGGAUUCAGGCUGUUAUACCUGCCCUCUUUAUCGACAGGCAUUUUCAUUUAAACGUCAGAGACACUAUAGGCUUCUUUCUGUCAUAGGUGUGCUAUGUUUUACUGCCAGCAUGUCAUUGUGAUUGUUCAAGAUAGUUUAUUAGAAAUGUAUUUAAUAUAUUCCUGUGUAUAGAUAUAUAUUUUAACUAACAAUGCAAGAUGCAGUUAUUUUCAGUAAUGUACAUUUCUGAAUGAUCAGGUACCAUUUCAUAUUGGCCAAAACCCAAAGAACCCAAAAGAUUAAUGUGAGAUCAAAAUGUAUUGAAAUAUGAUUGACUGCUCAAGGAAGUAAUUAUAUAUUUUGCACAAAAUAAAGAAUCGUUCUCAAAAGCCUUUGGCUAAAUGCACGGCCUGUAGCAUUUCAGAACAUGAUAAUUACAGUUAUAUACUCAAAGAUUUGCUUGCUAAUGUGCAGCUUUUGAUUCUUAAGUCUUCACGACACAUUUCGUCUCCACUCUUAAACUCCUCUUCAGUGUUAUUUAUUGCCGAUUCAGUAUUUUAGACUUUGUGCUAAAUGUAACAUUUUGACAACUGUGCAAAAAAGCCUUAAUCAAACAGGAUAAUGGUCUGCAGAAGCAAAAGAAUGUACACUGUGUCCUUGUGUGAUGUAUCUGAAACUGCUCUAAAAGGGGAAGAACAAAUGGACAUGAGGUUUAGGUUAUAGCAGGUAAAGUUGUGGGACAGAUUAGGUUUUAUUACUUCUGACCUAGUCUUAUUCAUCAGUGUUCAUUUGACUGAAACGUUGUGUAUGUGUAGAAUAUAAAAGGGAGGUUUGUCAGGUGUUGCAAAGCUAAACACUAACUCUGAAAGACAAGGAUCACCAAAGCUUUUUCACUACGAACCAUUGUUUUGAAUGUUUUUCUUGAAAACUGCCUCAAGCUGUUUAGCCAAUAUUAUUUUACUCAUGUCCUCCUGCUUCUGGGAACUCAGUCCGCUAAAGUCACUUAUGCUCACAUGAAGGAUCAAAUGAUGGAUCAUGAUUUACAAAGAAAAAAUAUUUUCUGAAGUGAUAUUUUUUAAGAACAUGAAGUAUUUUGUGAAAUUCAAAACAAUUUAUAUUUUUCUAAGUGAAGUGCAGCCAGAAAUUGAAGGGUGAAUGGUUUUUGAUAUUGCAUGAUUACUACCUUUCGUAUUACCAAAUAUUAUUAUUUUUUCUCUUCCUUCUAUCUUCAAGAGAAACUAUGCGGACAGUAUUGACAAUGUAAUGAAGUCGUUGUAGUGCCCAAGAAUACUUGCAUUUUGCUACAAAUCAUGUUGAAUCAUAAGUCUAACCCAUGAUGCUGGAUUGUUUGUAAGUCAGUGACUCUCAGAUAAAGGAGUUUGUGUGAACAGGACAACCUGUUUAAUGCUGCCCUCUGCAUUGGGAUAUUUGUCUUGGCAUGAGGUGUGACUAUGAUCUCAUAACCAUUGAGUCUUUUUUUUUUAUGUGUGUAGAAAUAUCCAUUUUUCUCUGCCUGCUUUGACAAUAGAGACAAACUGCACAGAAAUAUUUAUUUUCAUAAUUUAUCCUGUUUUGUUAACAACCAUUUGUAAUAGAUUAGAACAUUAUUUUACUUUAUGCAAUAAACCAAGCCAGUACUCAAAAA